AUGGCAAAGCAGUGGAGCGCUGCUCCGAACCUUCUGCGCGAAGCGUCACAGCUUCGCGUGAAAAUCAGCCCCGGCCAGUUCAUCGGGACCGUCAACACAUGCGGAAAAGGCAGGGAGUGGCGUCGAGCGCUGUCGCUUCUCGGCGAGAUGGCCGACCUAAAGUUAGAGGCCACCCUAGUCAGCUACAACGCUGGGAUCAGCGCGUGCCAGAAGGGCGAGCAGUGGCAGGCGGCGCUGGCGCUGCUGAGCGAGAUGCGGGAGGCGAAGCUGGAGCCAGACGUCAUCUUCAGCUACAGCGCUGGGAUCAGCGCGUGCGGGAAGGGCGAGCAGUGGCAGCGGGCAGUGGCGUUGCUUAGCGAGAUGUGGGAGGUGACAUUGAAACCCAACUUCAUUCAGCUACAGCGCUGGAAUCAGCGCGUGCGAGAAGGGCGAACAAUGGCAGCGGGCUGUGUCGCUGCUCAGCGAGAUGUGGACGGCGGAACUGGAGGCCAACGUCAUCAGCUACAGCGCUGGCAUCAGCCGCGUGCGGGAAGAGCGAGCAGUGGCAGCGGGCGGUGGCGCUGCUCAGCGAGAUGUGGGAGGUGUCAUCGGAACCCAACAUCAUCUGCUUCAACGCUGGAAUCAGCGCGUGUGAGAGAUGCGGACAGUGGCGGCAGGCGCUGCCGCUACUCAGCCGCAUUCGGGAGAGUAAAUUAG